AUGGUCGACUUCGCCAUCGUCCUCCGUCCGGACGAUAGACUUACCUCCGCUCUGCCACUCACUGGCAGAUACAUCGAUGGUGGUGUGCAAUCCUUCAACCACACAAGAUAUGGGCCAUUGACUAACAAACCUAUCGUGGUCAGCAUUAAGACCAAACCGGAGAGUGAGAGCCUUCGGGAAGCUGAGGUCCAGCUCGCUGUGUGGGCCGCAGCUCAUUUCACUCGCUUGCGCGACUUGCUCGAUGAGAGCAAGGCCGAAACGACCGAUCUCCCUUGGCUUCCCUUACUCAUCGCUCAAGGUCCGCAAUGGUACUUUCUCUUUGCGUCACGCAGUGCUGCCGGCACGACAGACAUCUGGACGAAGAUCGAGUUUGCCAAGGCAAGCACAAGACUUGGCGUCUUUGUGUCGGUACUGCAACUGCUCUACGAAUGGUCGGAGGCCCAAGAUCGAUCAUGGUUUGCAAAGCACGCUCUGGUCAAGGGUUGA